AUGCACUCUACUUCCUCGCCAGGAGAUAUCUCGCCAGGAAAUAACCAGUCUCCAGGUAGAACCUCCAAGCCGCGACGUGAGUUACCAUGCCGUGCCUUCUUGAGCGAAAACGAGCCCAAGAUCGCAUCUCUCAACGCGCCGCGCGCAAAAGGACCCACGAACGCAUCCAGCGACUUGAACAAGAGCUACACGAGCUUCGCCUCAGAGCAGCUGCCGCGCCCAAAGAUCUUGGUCCAAAUAUUGUACAAGAACUACGUCUUCGAAAUCAAUCUCUCCGAGAAGAACUGGGGCGACUGCAGAGACUUCUUGCGGCUAAGCGAGGACCUCGGUCUGACUAUCAAGCUGAUAUGA